AUGGUAAAAAGUAAUUAUCUGACAAUAAAAUAUCCAUUAUGUGUUGUUUCGCCGAAUAUAGAAACGAUCAAAAACAUACCCGAAUCCUCUACAGCUUUUAUUCGUGACCUUGACGGUUGCGUGAAUGCCAUACUAUCAAUGGUGAAAUAUUCUUCAACGCAUGCUUACUGUAUAUUAGCUGAGAUCAAAAGGGACAUAAAAGAUAAAUUUAUAAGUAUCGAGGAGGAUACGAAGAAUAUACCAGGCGCAUUCACUAUUGCUAAAUUUAAGGAAACUGUUGAAGAUAAACGAUUGCUUCCAAUUUAUGUUCAAGUUCAUCACAAUUUCAAAUAUCAGUUAGCAAUGGAACACCUUGUUAAUCAACUUUCAACGAGCACUCUUGGGAAGAAUAACUUGGAGUUAAAAAAGAAUAUCACAAUUGAUUUGGCCGCAGAAGAUGAUUUUAAUUUUUGGCGCGAUCAAGCUGGAUUCAUAAUCACUGACCGCCAACAGCUUAGUGAACUUACUGUCAAAGUAUCCAGUUUCUUAUCAGAACUCCAACAAUCAAGUGGCAAGUAUUCACUUCUAAAAUUAAACGGUUUGAUAAAGAGAUAA